GACAGAUAGAUUGCAUUCGGUUCUGCCAGCAUGAGCAUCUAUUGUGGCCACAUUUGUUAAAUGCAUUUUUUGUCUUAAGCAAAGCAGUUCUAAGUGCUAUUGUAAAUUCUAAAAUUAAUCAAUGAUACAAAUUACAGAGUUCACUAUCUGAAGAUGCAAUCUCAAGUAUUUAGCUAUUGUUCCUUAUGACCUCAUAUAUUAAUACUUGUGGAUUUAGUGCAAGAAACAAUUUCACAAGUUUGUGCUGUUGAACUGUACUCUCAUGAUGUUUCUAACAUGUUCUUCAAUUUCUCCAGUUUCCACUAGUAUCUAAGUGUGGGGAGAUAUGUGAAAUCUGUGAGGCAUUUCCUAACAAGAAGACCUUGAUUACAGAACUCGAAGAAUUCCCUGGAGGUCCUGAUGCUUUCUUCAUCGCUGUGAAAUUUUGCUACGGCAUGCGAGUGGAAGAACUGUCGCCAAAGAAACAUAGUAAUGAUCUACUGUGCAGCUGACUACCUACAAAUGACAGAAGAGCUUGGAGAAGGCAACUUACUAUCAAAAUCAGAGAACUUCCUUCACAAGAAUGUACUUCAGAACUGGAAAGACUGUAUAGACCGUGUUGUUCAUCACUAGAUGGUCUUCUCAUUCCGAAUUAUUCGGAUUCUGAUACUCUCUAUAAUACUGAUUGCAUAGACCGUGUUGUUCAUCACUUCUUGUCUUCAGAAUCAGGGAUACCCUCAUUCUCUCCUGCAUCCAUGGACUUGGGAGAAACAAUCACCUUCAUUAGAGCCACUGCGGAAAGUUGGAAAACUUAUGGAUGUUUAUCUUGCGGAAGUUGCUUCUGAUGUGAAUCUGAAACCUGGGAAGAUUCGUUCGCUUGCUGAAGCUCUUCCAGAAUCCUCUAGAUCGUUCCAUGAUGGGCUGUACCGAGCAUUGGACAUAUAUUUCAAGGUUGGGAUUUAACUUAAUCUUGUUGAAUGAAAUGAACUCUUGUAUGUAUGUCUUUAUCGUCAUUAUUUUCCUCGCGUUGAUCUUUUGUUCUUUCCUACAAUAGGUUGCAGGCUCAGAGUUUCUGCUGAGACCUUUAAAAAUUUAUAUAAAAUAUUUUAUGAUUGAAGGAACAACGAAGUCGCUUUGGCCGAGUGGUUAAGGCGUGUGCCUGCUAAGUACAUGGGGUUUCCCCGCGAGAGUUCGAAUCUCUCAGGCGACGGUUUGUUUUUUCCGUUCUUCCUUUUUGAAACGGCACGUAUUUCUGCGUUUUUACAUAGUAGAGAGACUCGACCGCACCGAAUACACAAUCGAAAACCUAGGACCUCCGCGCGCCGGAACUGCUUCCUCUCAAAAUCUUUCCUCUGCAGAUUUUCGUCUUCUCUCGCCUUCUCAAAUUACCACCGAACUAUUGGCUUGCUUGAUUUCUCUUUUACUUUACUUCCCAUCUGCUGUACUGCAUCUGUAUCCAACUCGUCGUCUCUCCGAUCAUCUUUUAGGGAAGUCGCUUACGGAGGUUUUCUACGCUAAUGGCGAUUGCAUCUUCUUCCGCCGGCUGCUUCCGACCAUCGUCUCUCUCCGACGAAGCCAUUUCCCACAACCAAUCCGUUGCCGUUGCGUACAAAGCUAAGAUCUUUUGUCGCCGUAUACCGUCAGUCAAUCUCAGAAUCAAGCUAUCAGUCUCAUCGUCCCACUUGCACGGUCAUUCCGCCGCUGACUCUUCCUCCUCCAGCUUCCGCCGCGGAAUCAAGUGUCUGAACUCGGAGUCAGUGGUCAAUCCGGUCGACAACUCGUUGGAAGACGAGGUUGUCCGAAUUGACGACGGUGAUGGCGCCGAUGAUGGUUCUGGAGGAAACGGAGGGUUGCCCGGCGGCGGUGGAGGUGGCGGUGGAGAUGAAGGAGGUGAUAACGGGGAGGAGAAGGAGUUUGGGCCGAUAAUGAAAUUCGAGGACGUGAUUAGGGAGACGGAGGCACGUGGAGCGAAGCUUCCAGCUGAUAUGCUGGAAGCUGCGGAGACCACCGGAAUCCGAGCAAAAUUUCUCCUUCGCUACUUGGAAUUGCAGGAAGCCGACUGGCCGCUAGGGUUCUUGAUGAACCACUGCUCGAUGCUGCGUAACCGGAUGAUGGCUGAUCCCGAUUUCCUCUUCAAAGUUGGAACAGAGGUAGUAAUUGAUUCAUGUUGUGCAACAUUUGCUGAAGUUCAGAAAAGGGGGGAAGAUUUCUGGUCAGAGUUUGAGUUGUAUGCAGCUGAUCUUUUGGUUGGCAUUGUUGUUGAUGUUGCUCUAGUUGGCAUGCUAGCCCCUUAUGCUCGUAUUGGGAAGCCUUCCGUGUACAAAGCUGGCUUAUUUGGCAAUAUACAGCAAGCUUGUGCUGCUCUUCCCAGCAGUGUUUUCGAGGCUGAAAGGCCGGGAUGUAGAUUCUCUGCGAAGCAGCGAGUGGCUACUUACUUCUAUAAGGGUUUAUUGUAUGGUUCAGUUGGAUUCGGGUGCGGACUUAUUGGUCAGGGCAUUGCAAAUAUGAUCAUGAAUGCCAAGAGGAGUGUGAAGAAGUCGGAAGAGGACAUCCCCAUACCACCUCUAGUCGAAAGUGCUGUCCUUUGGGGUGUGUUUCUCGGUGUAUCUUCCAACACACGGUACCAAAUCAUUAACGGUCUGGAGCGAGUGGUCGAAGCAUCGCCAUUGGCGAGGCAAGUCCCUCCUCUCUCCAAGGCCUUCACCGUUGGUGUUCGAUUCGCCAACAACAUCUACGGUGGGAUGCAGUUUGUCGACUGGGCAAAAUGGAGCGGGGUUCAGUAAUUUCAAGAAACACCACUUCCCCUCAAACUCAGUCGUUUUUUUGGCUGAGUGUGGGAGGUUUGAGAUUUGGAGCAGUUUAGAUCUUUAGUCCAUUCCAGCUGUUGUGCAACUGGUGUAAUCUGUCGUCAACAUUUUCUGUUAUGAUGGGCUGAACAGAAUGGAGAACUGUAGUGUAGUAGGUGACCAGCCUGGCAUGGCAUCUGCUUUGGUCUCUCUCCUAGUAUUUGUCAGCACUCGGUUAACGUACAAUUUAAGAUUUGAUGAGUUGUUAGUUUGGCUUAUGAAUAGACAAUAAAGUUGGGUUUGGAAGUAUGAGCAUUUGCUCUGGUUGUAGCUGGCUAUCUUACUGUUUAGAGCCACAUAGUUCUCCUUUAGGUUUUGCAUACUCCUGUCUGCUCACAGUUUGACGAUUGUUUCAUCGUCAUAACGAUUGUUUAUCGUCAUGUUACCAACAAGUCGAAAUGUGAAAAACACAUGAUCUUAAACGUCGCUGAAUUACAGUCUUUCAGUGUACUUGUAAAGCCAACUGUGAGUUUUGAAGCAAGUCGUUGGAGAUAGGGUAGCUAAAUUAAGAUCCUAAUUACUACUUUAGGUGGAGAAAAAGGGCAACAGCAGUAAAAUAGAGUGAUGAACUCGAUAAAAUGAAAAAACAACAUUAAUGAUUAAACCAGUAAAAUGAGGAAGGAAGAAGAAAAAAAUAAGUCGUCUCCUCCAACCACUGGCGCCGACGGCUUUUCCAAAAAUUUCCGAGUCCACUGUCCACACACCUUCUCUCUCCUCCACACUUCUUUAUUGUACAAAAACGACAUUUCAAUCCUUCUUUCUCUCUCUAGAUCGCAGCAAUUCCUCUCUUUCUCCCUCCUCGACUCGACGCUACUGCUGCUGACAAUCUUCCUUCAACAACUCCGAUCUGCAGUCAACUACCCGGCCGGGGCUUCGUUCGUUUGUCGUCGUCGUGUUGGAUCUCGCCGUCGCAGCUCGGGCUCCACACUUUGUUAGAGGAAGGGAAGGAGGAACUUGAGGUUCGGGGUGAUUCCGGUUAAGCUGAGGAAGGGGCCGCGUCUCUCUUCUUACUGGAUCUGAGAGGGGGAAACAAUGGCGCUUUCAGGCAUGAGAGGUCUCUCCGUCUUCAUCAGUGACGUUCGUAAUUGUCAGAACAAAGAGCAGGAGCGGCUUCGUGUAGAUAAGGAGCUCGGUAACGUCCGUACCCGCUUCAAAAACGAGAAGGUUAGGGUUUUUUCGAAAUUCUACUGGUUUUUUUUUGGUAAUAGCUUGAUUUUCUGGUUUCUGGGAACCAUGGAAAUGGCUCCAUUGCUUGUUGCUCAUUGUGGAUGUCCAAGAAUUUAUUCGACCGUCUCCGCUUUGAAUUCUGGAAAUGUUGGAUAGUUUGAGGUGAUAUAGGUGAACUGCUGCUGAAGUGAGCACAGUAGUUCAAAUUGAGAACGUUUUCCCCACUGAAAUUAGAGCGUGUCCUGCAUAGGUUAUGGUUGAGUGGCAUAGAAUUAGGAGUUAAGAUAGGCAUUCCAGUCAUGGAUUGAUCCUUUGUCUUGCCCUGAGUCCCUGUGAAAUAGUGUUGACCUAUAAGUGGGAUUCCAAUUUUGAGAUUGGUGACAAAGAUGGACUAGUGAAAGGGAAAUCUGCUUCAGGUGUUCAUGUACAAGCUGUGAGACCAUAGAAGGAUGCCACCGCUUCUGCUGUACUCCAAGUCAUGUUGGAUCAUUAUGUUGGUGUAAGUAUGUGCAGGAGGUUCUGACCUUUGAUUUACAUGCUAGCUUCAUCACAAAUACACAGUGAUGAUCUUCAGUAUCUUGUAUGAAGUUCUCAUACUUGCAACCAUGAGGGAAAAACAUUUCGUAAAUGCAUUCGUACUUUGUAGUGCAGCUCAGGUGGUAGCUGCCUGUUUCCUGCUUCUGGUAACCACAUAAAGAACAAUUUCAUGU